CCACAUUCAUUGACUAUUAUAAAGUGUCCUUUAUUUUGACAAGACAGGUGUUCAGAGGGCAUCAGAUGCAUGCUGGGAGCCUCCCCAACCUGUUGAAGAGGAAGUGAGUGCUCUGAAAUAGCUUCAUGUGUACCAGUGAGACAUCAGACAGCAUGAGAGCCUUCGUCCUGCUUGUUUGCCUGUCGGUGGGCUGCCUGGCUCAGAGGCCGCAGAGAUGCACAUCCCCUCCUCUACUGACUGGAAGGCUGUCUGUGUCCAGCGCAAAUGAGAAGCUGACGGCCUUUGCCAGGUACACUUAUGACGCACUGAGGCAGCGCAUUCGACUCAUCGAAUUUGGAUCCUAUCAGAAUCAGUCCUUCCACGUUGAUGUUCUUCUCCUCUACAGAGAGGGUGUUGUGUAUAAGAUAAACAACAGGAACCAAACAUGCUGCAAGAAGGCUCUCAGUCGAUCCUUCCAUCCACUGGCGGUUCCCCAGAACGCCUCCCUGCUGGGCCAGGUGGUGCUGGGCAGCUCCUCUGGUCCAGCGCAGGGAGUCCUGGUCAACACCUGGGCUGGGAAGCUGGAACACAAGAACACAACAGCAAAGUACAUGAGCACUGUCACCGAGUUUGGAUGCGUUCCUGUCAGCACUCUGUUCUACACCGACCAAAGCGGAUGGAUUGUGACCAGCUUCUACAACAACGUCAUAGGACUUGCUGACCCUCAGAUGCUCAUCCCGCCGUCGUUCUGUGGAGACGCCCAGCUGGAGACAGAGAAUGGUCCAGAAACCUUCUUCAGCGUGUUGUAAACCACAGCUCUGCUUUUCUGAAACGUGCUGCACUGUGAUGCUGUCUGCUGCGCGUGAAUCUUUGCACUGAAUUAUGACUUCUAUCAGUACCCGUCCUUGGUGAAACAACACUUAACAAGCUGUAUGCAGGUAAAACUUCAUGUUAUCAUUCAAUCAAACUUGAUCAGUGUAUCCGUUGUGGGCUUAAGAAUCUGUUUAAACAAUGGAUUAUAGCAGAAACCACUGCAAAUAUAGGUGAAGUGAGAAAUUUUCUGUACGAUAUAUUUGUACUUACAGAACACAUACAAUCACAGAAUGGAGGUCGAAUGUUUACAUAUUUGAUUGUUUUACAAGUAUUAAAAUCUCUUUUAUAUGGCA